ACGUCAGAAACGUACGAAACUCGUUCGGAGAACAAUCCAAGUGCCGAAAAUAUUAAACUCAACAGUAGUCCAAGUUGAGAUAGGUUAUAUUUAACCUCGAAAAAGGAUCAAUCGUGAGUUCAAAUAAAUUUUAUGCGGUAAAUUUAUUCAUGAAAUUAAUUAAUAACAUAUCUGGUGCUUACUGUGUCAAUGAUAAAUUAAUAACUAAUGGAUCAGGAUAAAUCGUGACAGAAAUAAAGCGAGUGAUAUAUUUUGAAUAAUUGAAUUUUUUAAAUAAAAAACAUGAUUGAAGUAAACGGGUUCAGUUUCGUAAUUUAUUUUUUGCAAUCACUCAAGGACAAGAGAAACUUUGGUAAUAUUUCUUGAAACUAUGGAACAAAUCCUUCAGCCUUACUUACUAAAUAAUCAUCAGUCUGUAAUUUAAAAAUUUUAUAUAUUUACAAGUGCCUAUUUUAAAAUAUAAAUUAUGGUAUAGCUUAAUUAUAAUUUUAUAAAUUAACAAAAAGAUAAAAGUUAUUUUAAAUUUUUGAAUUAUAAAUUAUGACAUAUUUAUAAAUCAAAGAUGUUUUUUUAUAUUCGUAAUCGAAGUGUGAGAAUAAUCAUACUUGGGUUCGUCAUACUCAGUAUUUACAUGUAUUAUCGUACUACUGUAGAUUCCUACAAUAAUUUCAUCGAGUUCGUAAAUACGAGUAAUUUACCUGCAAGUCAUGACUCACAAUUUGAAAAUGUAACUGUGGAAUUUUCCUUCAUUUUAUUACAAAAAAAUACAAGCUCCGAACAAUCAAUUACAAAUUCAAGUAUAGGACAGAACUUAAAUAACCAAUCUAUCUCAACAUCUGCAUCACCUCAAUCUAUAUUAUCAAUUAAUAAUUCAACUAACUUGCAAUUGAACAACAGUAAUCUAACCAUACAAGAUUCACCAUCAAAAAUAAUAGUAACGAAUUCCAGUCUCACAAUUUUAGUGCGUAAUAAUAGUGCACGUGCUAUAUAUCAAGCUGGCCAUGACGUAGCGGUGCCUGAAAAAUGUCCAAUAAAUGGUAAAGAUAUGAAUCUAGUCAUAGUAGUUACAUCUGCGCCAUCUCAUAUUGAAGCAAGAACGGCUAUUAGACAAACAUGGGGACAUUUUGGUCAGCGAACUGACGUCAGUAUAGUAUUUAUUCUUGGAACAACAAAUGAUAAUAAAUUAGAAAAACUUAUUAAGUAUGAAGAAAAACUUUAUGCCGACAUCAUACGAGGCAGAUUUAUUGAUUCCUAUAAUAACUUAACACUGAAAACUAUAUCAACUCUGGAAUGGAAAAAUAAAUUCUGCUCAGACGCUAAAUUUUUACUAAAAACAGAUGAUGACAUGUUUAUAAAUGUACCGCGAUUGUUAUCAUUCAUAAAGCAGCACGAAAAAGAGACAAAUGUAAUUUAUGGGAGAUUAGCGAAAAAUUGGAAACCAAUUAGAAAUAAAAAGAGUAAAUAUUACGUAUCACUAGAACAAUUUAAACAAAAAUUGUUUCCAGAUUUUACAACAGGACCAGCAUAUUUAUUAUCAAAAGAUGUAAUUAAUAAACUUUACGAAGCUGCGUUAGAGCAAACUUAUUUGAAACUUGAGGAUGUAUUCACUACUGGUAUCGUUGCUCAUAAAAUCGGUAUUAGGCGCAUUCACGUGAGCGAGUUUUUAAAUAAAAAAAUUUCAUACAAUCCGUGUAAUGUUCAAAGGGGAAUAAGUAUACACAUGGUAAAAUAUGGCGAACAAUUUGAUCUCUGGAAAAAAUUAUUAGACGGCAAAAGUAAGUGUAAGUUAUAAGUAAAAAACAAACACCAUUUUAUAUCAUGACCAAUAAUGUUUUCAACUGUAAAAAAUUUUUUAUGUGAAAAUAGUCCUCGAAAACUUUGUCUUUGGUGUGGAUUGACGGUGUGAAAUAUCAAGUGGUGUAAAUUUAACACGAUUGAGUGUUAUCUUUCACACCAUUCAGUGUUAUUAGCUCAGAACUCAUAUAUUGUCCAAUCACACACGGAUAAAUUAUUCUUGUUUAAAAUUCUGUGGUGUCAUAGUAGUGCCGGACCAAAUUGGCCACCUGUCAAAAAUUGAAAUAAACACAUGCAGAAAUUACUAUGGCCAUAGUAAUUUUUGCUUGUAUUCAUUUCAGUUUCCGACAGGUGACCGGCAUUACUACGACACCACAGCAUUUUGAAGAAUAAUUUAUCCGCGUAUGAUCUGUAGUUAAAUAUGACCCAAUAACUGUUUUUAAUAUUUUAAUUUAUUAAUUUAACAUUAACUUCAAAAAUUACAAAUUAACUUUCAUUAAUAAUGAUUUUAAAAAAAUAUGAUUAAUAACUGAACCACUAAAAAAUAUAAUCUCGAGUAUUUUUAAUCGAAAAAAUUACUUAUUAUUGGUAACAUUGCAUUCAUUAAUCGAAUGUAAAUUAAUUACAAACUAACAAUUUAUGUAUAUCAAGUUAUUCAUUCUAAAAAGACUUAGAUUUUAAUCCGCCCUUUUGGCUUUAGGAAACUCUAAAGCCAAAAGGGCGUGUAAUUUUUUAUUUAAUUGCUAUAUAUAUAUUGUAGAAUUGUUUUAAAGCUGUAAAUUUGAAAAAAAAAAAUUGAAAACCAAAAGGGCGUAUAAUUUAAACGAUAUGCCCUUUUGGCUUUAUAAAAUUUUUUUUUUAAUUUUUAGCUAUAAAAUAAGUAAAAAACGAAUGGCAAUGAAAAAAAAAAUUAUACGCCAUUUGGGUUUAAACUUAGUGACCAAAGCCAAAAGGGCGUUUAAAAAUAUAAGACCUUUUGGAAUUAAUAACGAGAUGUAAAUCUUUGGUUCCGUAACAAAUUGCCCUCGGACAAAACAACCUCGACAAAAUAACCUGAAAAAAAAAUAAUUUUGUUAUAAAAUAACCUUAACAACAAUAACCUUCAAGUACGAAUUUUAUCGUUAUAGAUUUAUGUAAAUUUUUUCAGGUUAUUGUUGUUCAGGUUAUUUUGUUCUAGGUUAUUUUCUCGGGGUUAUUUUGUCGAGGUUAUUUUGUCUGAAGAUAACUGCCAAAAGGGCAUAUUACAGCAGUAGAUAGGGUUCCAUGCCAAAAGGGCGUAUAAAAAAUUUUUUUUGCCAUUCUUUUUAGAAUCGCUCGAAACGUAAAGAUCUGCAGAAAAAAAAAUUUUUGACGUACUAACGCCAAAAGGGCGUAUCUUAAGAUAUACGCUCUUUUGGUUUUGGAAAUUUUUUUUUCAAUUUAAGGCUUAGAACAUGUUCACAAAACGAUUGGCACCAAAAAAAAAAACUAUACGCCCUUUUGGUGGUACGAGAUUUGUACGACCUUUGUAAGGUAUUUUAUGGUUCGAAGUUGAUAAAUAAACGAUUCUAUUAACAUAAAUAUUUUUGUUUGAGAUGAUAUUAAUUUAAAAUUAAAACAUAUAAUAAAAAUUUUUAUAAAAAUAAUUUUUUUAUCAUAUCGUCAAAAUUAAAAUUUAUUUUUCAUUGUGUCUAUCAAAGUAAAAUUUUCACACCAAAUCAUUUACACCACAUAGCGGACUCUGAAUUUUUUACAGUGAAUAACUACUUAAUUAAUUUUACAAACUAUUAUUAUUAAUGGGUAUAAAUGUUUUUUUUUGUAUCUAUAUAUUUAAAAUUGAAUUAAUGCUUAAUGAUAAUGAAAACUUGUAUGAAUAAUUAUUUAUUGUUUCGAAAUGAAAUUAUAUUUUAUGAUAAUAAUUAUUUAUAAGCCGUAACCACUUAAAGAAUAAUGAAAUUUCCGAGAUUAAUUAAAUAAUAUUUUUCAUAAAAGUUUAUUUACCAACUCUAUACUUUCACGUUUGUUUCGAAACAAAAUUUCAUCAUUUUUACAAGAUAGAUUAUAGUUUGAAGUAUUGUUAAGUAUUGCCAUAUUUAUUUAUUUAAUGGAAUAUCCCUGAUUAAAAAAAGUGAUUUAAAACGAUUUGCAAUGUUAAAUGCCCAUAAGAAGAGGGAUUCAAAAGCAUUUAAAAGUAUUUAAAAUUUUUUAUUUCAAAUCGUUUUAAAUCGCUUUUUUUAAUCAGGGAUGUAGAAAAUUUAUGAAUUAAAUUAAGAUAAAUUAAAAGCUAAAGAAUUUAAUCUAAAAGCAAAAAAUGACAAAAAAUAAGUAGAAGCAUAAUUUCCAUGACAUUGCGUCAGCUGAUGACGAUGUUCCUGAUUAUAUAGAUAAGCUACUUCUUAGUAAAAAUUAUAUACACAAUUAAAAAAUUUUAUAUUCAAGUUUAUAAUUACAAAGUUUAUAGUAUUCAAUAAAAUAUUGACUGACAGUUCUUGUCUAACAAUAUUUAUAUUCAAAUGAAAGGUCAUAAUCGACUACCCGUCAUAAGCCUGGUCUAGGAGACGUAAGGGGAACUUUUUCUUGGAAUUCCAGUCUCCCCACUACAGUCGACUCUGUCUAAAGGUUCCACGUCGGGACAGGACCAUUGCCUAAAGGUUCCCUCCCCACCAUCAGCACUUCCCCUACAAUAUAUUCCCCUCGAGCGCCGAAGCGCAUGCUAAAACGAACACAUUGCGCAGUAAACAUAACCUCAGAAAAUCGUGCAUUUAAAGUUAGCGCUCGAAAACUGAAUUGUGAUUCGUCAGUUGAGAAAGCGAGUGGGGGAAUAUCCGGGAACCUUUAAGCAAUGUAUCCUGGAACCUAUAGACAGCGGGAACCUUUAUAAUACUCGUUAUGUCUCUUUUAUUUUAUAUGAUUUUAAACGUCAAAUUUACGUUUUGUUACAACGCCACUGCCGAUUUUUUUGGUGCUUACGGUGCUAAAAUAAAUACUUAUUUUUUUACGCUAAUCAUAAUUAUAAUGCAAAAACUUCUAAUGAUAACGGUAUUAAUUACAGUAAAAACAAUAAUAAUUUUAUUGAUAAAGAUAAUGCUCAAUAAAGCUUAACAAUUGUAACCGAAGCUUUGAAUAAAAUUUAUGAACAAUCAAUUAUAUUUUACUUAAAAUUUAUUGAAUUAUUAUCUGAAAAAAAUAGAUACAGUUGGAUUCCAUUAACUCGGAACUUCCCCUCAAUCCUACCCCCACUACGAACUACGCUGUCACCCACUCGAUGCUAUACAUUUUCAUAUAUCUGUGUAUAUUUAUUAGACUGGACCAAAAAAAUCGACUAUUUUUUUUUUUUUAACGAUACUGUGUAAAUAUUAUUUGGGAUGACAAAAAAAAAUUAUUGUAAAAAUUUGAGCCCUUAAUUUUGAUAUUAAGAGGUGUAUCAUCGCAAUUUUCGAUUUUUUUUAAAUGAGCGGGUUUUUGUCUCAUAACUCUCAAUCCAUCGAGAUAAACGAAAUCGACUCAGAUACAUUUUUUGAAGGAAAUCUGAUGCUCUACAAAAAAGGUCUGAUUGAAAUUUUUCGUCAGAUUAACCGUUUCCUUAUAAUCAUGCUUUGAACGUUGGUAUGAUUUUAAAAUUUGAUUGUUCAACUUUGGAAUUUUGUAAUUCAUGUAAAAAUAAGUUUUCGGAAAAAGACAAUGAAUAUUCUUGAAGGAAAUUGAAUGCUCUACAAAAAAAGUCUCUUAACAAUUUUC